AUGAUACUCUGUUUGCUGGAAGUCAUUUGGUUUUCUAGCAGGAUUCCGUUCCGACUCACAAGGCCAGGUCAACUCAGCAGUGGUUGCAAAAGAACAUUCCAGAGUUCAUCUGCCUCGGAUGAGCCCUCAGAAAGGCCUGAUCUCAACCCACUAGAUUAUCGGCUUUGGUCCGAACUGGAGAGGGUGGUAUGCCACAGAGAAUUUGGAAAGCUUCAAAAAAUCUCUGUACCGGGCAGUUGA